UUCAGCUGACGUUUGUUCAACUAACUGUAUGACUCACAAGAAGCACAGAUCUGUUUGUUGUGCUUCCAGGACCGGAUUACUGAACUGUGUGGAGGUCUUUUUGUGUGUUGGUUUAAAGUUGUUUUGUUGGCUUUGACGGAGAAACAGGAGCUGUUAUGGCUGCCGUAAACCCUCAAUCCCCGGCUCCCGGGUCGUCGGCCAAACUUGACCAGGUGCAGGGUCAAGUCAACGAGGUGAAAGUCAUUCUGUCAGACAACAUCAGCAAAGUGCUGGAGAGAGGAGACCGACUGGACGAGCUGAUCGGGAAGACCGAUGACCUGCAGGCCUCCGCUGACUCGUUCCAGAGAACAUCCACGCGGGUUGCCAGGAAAUACUGGUGGAAAAACAUUAAAAUGAUGAUCAUAAUCGGUGUGAUAGUGCUGAUCGUCAUCAUCCUCAUCAUCCUCUUUGCCACAAAUACUAUUUAAAUCCCACCGACGCUCCUUCAGAAUCUCAGGGACUGAACACGAUCACGCUGGUGGGAUGCAGCUCGCCUUUUUUUUUUUUUUUUUAAAUUGCCCUCAUGAAGAGUUUCUGAUGAUUUCAGCUCAAAAGAAGAAAAAGAUGCGUUUGUAGUUUCAAGAUCAAAUAUAUUUAUGUGUAAUUCUGAUGAGGUUACUCUGCGAUGAAGUCGACGGUGAAACUUGGCUGAAAAACUUCCUUCAACACUCCAACAUGUGACGAACGCGGCUCUUAAUAUUUCACAAAAGGAUCAAAACGUCCAAAUAAGAGUUUAAUAUCUUUAUUUGUCACAUUUCUUGAUGUAUAAUUACCUGUGUAUAUAUAUUCUGUAUGUUCAUGAAUGUCAAACUCUGUAAUAACAUAUUGUAAUAUAUGACUGAUGACUAUGAUAAAGAGGAUAAAUUGUAAUAACGUUUUUUUUUGUUUGUUUUGUUUUUAAAUCUUU